AUGCCUCCAAAAAAGGUAGUUCAGGAAGAGCGGGUUUUAUUGGGGAGACCUGGUAAAAAUUUGAAGAUUGGAGUUGUAGGUCUACCAAAUGUAGGAAAAUCUACGUUUUUCAAUGCAAUCACAAAUAGUGCAGCAGCAGCUGAAAACUACCCAUUCUGUACAAUUGAUCCAGAAGAGUCUCGAGUAGCUGUGCCUGAUUCUCGAUUCGAUUGGUUGUGCGAUCUAUAUCAGCCAGCUUCUAGAGUACCCGCGUAUCUUACCGUUAUUGAUAUUGCUGGGUUGGUCAAGGGUGCUUCUAAUGGGGAAGGUUUGGGUAAUAACUUUUUGAGCCAUAUCCGAGCCGUAGAUGCCAUUUUUCACGUAGUUCGUGCAUUUUCUGAAAAGGAUGUGAUUCAUGUUGAAGGAGAACUCGAUCCAGUUAGGGAUCUUGAAAUUAUUCAUCGUGAACUUCGCCUUAAGGAUAUAGAAUUCCUAAGCAAAAAGGUAGAAGAUUUAGAAAAGGUGACGGCACGUGUUGGAAAAGGUGGCUCCUCAGCUGAUAAAGCAAAGAAGGAAGAAUUGGAAAUUACUCAAAAAGUGCUUGAUUUAGUGAAAGAGGAUAACAAAGAUGUUCGAGCUGGACAUUGGAAUAAUAAAGAAAUUGCAGUAAUCAAUACUCUACAAUUGCUCACAGCAAAGCCUGUAAUCUAUCUGGUCAAUUUAAGUGAAAAAGAUUAUAUCCGUAAAAAGAAUAAGUGGCUAGCAAAAAUCAAAACAUGGAUUGACGAAAACAAUCCUGGUGAUCUGUUAAUCCCAAUAAGCGCGUCUCUUGAAUAUCGCCUCUCGCUUCUUCCCGCAAAUGAAGAAAAAGAAUCUUUAUGUAAGGAGUUGGAGACACAAUCGGCUUUACCGCGUAUAAUUGUAGCCGGAUAUCAAGCUCUUCAGUUGAUUUACUUCUUCACCUGUGGACCUGAUGAGGUUAAGGCUUGGACUAUUCGGAAAAAUACCAAAGGACCACAAGCUGCUGGAGUAAUUCAUACGGAUUUCGAGAAAAGUUAUAUUCUUGCAGAGGUCAUGAAAUUUGAUGAUCUGAAAGAACUUGGGUCUGAGAACGCGGUAAAGGCUGCAGGAAAAUAUUCACGUAAGGGCAAAGAAUACGUGGUAGAAGAUGGGGACAUUAUUGAUUUUCGUGCGGGCCUAGCGAAUAAGCAUUA